ACAUUUUCACAAACAUGGAAACAAUGAAGAUCUGCCUCUUUCUCCUCCUCGUCUUCGCCCUCGUUGCUCCGCUCUCCUUUGCCUUCCAUGAAACCUCCCACGGUUCAUCCCUCGUUGACGAUAAUUCUGAAUAUAGCUUCUUUGGUGGAGGCUCCUCCGAAGCCGAAGCCAUGACUGAAGAUAGUCGCCGACAACUCUUCGAAUAUGGAUUCGCCUAUAAUAGGGAAGCUCGCAAGAGGUUUUUGACCUACUAUGCACUUAGUAAGAAUAAUAUCCCUUGUGGUCGUCGUGGUCACUCCUACUAUGAUUGCAAGAAGCGUAGAAGGAUCAAUCCUUAUCGUCGUGGUUGUGCUGCCAUCACUGGAUGUGCUCGAUUCACCGAUUAAACAAAACUCUCAUUGAAUUGGAUUGUCUUUACUUUUAUCAUCAUGUAUUGAUCUAAUUGGUCUUCUUU